GUGUGAAGAGCGGAAGGGUUUGGACGCAGGCCCGGUUCUCAGCGUGAGCGCGCGUGCUGGUUGGGCGGGCGGUGUUCCGGAGUUUAGAACCGGGGCCGCGAGACACUGGCAUGGAGAGAGGGGGGAGGAGCCGAGACCACCACCACCAUCAUCAUCAUCAUCAUGGCUCUGACUGGGGGAGGAGUCAUCCAGCAGACACACCUGGAUCAUCACAUAGAAGUUCAGGACCAGACUCAGCUUCGUCCUCCACAUCCAGUGCUCCUGCUCCAGAGCUGCCCGGGUUUUACUUUGACCCCGAGAAGAACCGCUACUUCCGCCUGUUGCCGGGUCACAACAACUGCAAUCCGUUAACAAGGGAGAUGCUGGAGAAGAAGGAGCGAGAGAGGAAGAGGACCAAGCUGCUGGCUGAGGACGAGCAGACGAGGAAGAAAGCUCCACGCGCCGGACUGAACUCCACACUGCUGCUGCAGAGGAGACGCCUGGGCGAGCUGCCCCUGAGCUCCUACUGUCGGCUCGUCCAUGAGGUGAAGGUCAGCGAGAUGAAGCGACACAAGCUGGAGGUGCAGAGCGCCGACUCCAGCAGCCCGAACACUGAUAACUUCCGCCUCAUUGUGGCGGACUCGGCGUGUGAGCGCGUCUUCACGGUGAACGACGUGUCGCACGGCGGCUGCAAGUACGGCAUCAUGAACUUCAGCGGCUGCAGGAACGGCUCUCUGUCUGUGGAGAUGUGCGAUAACCUGUACUUCACCAACCGCAAGGUGAACUCCGUGUGCUGGGCGUCUGUGACUCAUUGCGACUCUCACGUCCUCUUGUGCUUGGUGGGAAUCUCUCAGACUCCAGGCUGCGUCAGUUUACUGCCCGCGUCUCUGUUCAGUAACUCCAAUCCUGACCAGCCUGGGAUGCUUUGCAGUUUUAAGAUCUCCACAGCGUGGUCCUGCGCGUGGUGCCUGAACCCACAGGCCGAUAAAACCUUCAGUACUGGUCUUUCUCGGAGCGUCAUCGUAACCGAUGCGGUGACGGGCCGACGGCAGACGUACAGCACAGGAAGUGAUGUUCUGGCGCAGCAGUUUGCUGUCCGAGCCCCGGUCCUGUUUAACGGCUGCCGUUCGGGCGAGAUCUUCAGCAUUGACCUGAGGCAGCGAGGCCGUGGGCGGGACCACAGCUGGAAGUCUUCACGCUUCCGUCAAGACUCGGCUGUGACCUCCGUACGACUGCUGCAGGACGAGAACUACCUCCUCGCCGCGGACAUGCUGGGAAAGAUUAAGCUGUGGGACGUGCGUGUGAGACGGGCAGUGAAGCAGUACGAUGGGCACCAUAACGAGUACGCCUACCUCCCUCUUCACCUGUGUGAGCAAGAGGGGCUGCUGCUCGCAGUGGGUCAGGACUGCUACACCCGUCUGUGGAGCCUUCGAGACGGCCAUCUCCUCAGGACAAUCCCCUCCCCUCACCCUGCAGGAAAGGACUCCAUCCCGAACGUGGUCUUCUCCUCGCAGCUGGGGGGCCGCAGAGGACUGCCCGGCCUCCUCAUGGCCGUCUGCCAUGACCUCUAUUACUACCCUUACGGUGACUAUCGGGGCGCGACGGCACCCGAGGCACAAGGCUGAGCUACCCCUCAAACAAACACACUCACCUUUUGUGUCUCCUCAGUCCUGUAGCACAAUUUUAAACUGACUUAACAAUCAUGGAUUUAAAAGGUAUUACCUUUUAAGGCAGGAAAAAAAAAAAAAAACAAA